CCUCCUGCAAUUUCCUCAGAUAUGGCCCAAAGACUGAUUCAGCAGCAUCCAUUGCAGCGUAUACCGAGUCCCUCACGGGGCUUCUCUGCUCUCGUUCAUGCAACGGGUCUCGCCAGCUUUCUAUGGUCUUUUAAAUGGAUGCACGACAACCCUAACCCGGCUAAUGAGGCCUAUGGCUGGCACUUUCAGUAUCUGACGGUGAUAGGGCUGGGUCUCUCUACCUUGACCUUUGCCUGUGGCCUGCUGGCUGACCUCACUCUGUCUCGACGGUUGUUCCUGGCCAAGAACAUAUUGUCGGUGUGCAGUUGCCCUAUGGAAGUGUUGAUCAGUGUUCUGUACUGGGGACUUCACCUGAUCGACAAAAGCCUAGUUGUCCCUCCGGAGAUCUUCUUCCCAAUUCAUGCUGGUUCGUACUCAACCCUUUUAACCAUGAUGCCCUCCAAACGGCUCUUUACUAAAUGCGAGGGAACAGACAUCAGUUUUCAUGCAAUUCCCUCGAUUGUCAUGCUCGUAGACUUGCUUCUGCUAUCCCCGCCUUGGACUAUCACUGUCCUUCCUUCUCUGGGAUUGUCGGGUGCGAUCGCCUUUGGUUACUGGUUCUGGGUGGAGACAUGCUUCCAAUACAAUGGCUGGUACCCGUAUCCUAUUUUUGAAUUGCUGCCCACUCCUGGUCGCAUCGGCUUGUUCUCGAUGAGUGCCGUCGUCAUGGCUCUCAGCACUGCCACUUUGAAAUGGCUCCAUGGACAGAUCAAUGGCUUUGGAACACCUGUCCCUGUUCAAUCUCGAUCCGGUGAUAUCAAAAGGAAGGACGGACUGUAG